CCUCGAAACGCUUUAGGCAUCUACUUAGUCUUUAAGUUACGCAAGCUCCCUACUGUCAAUUUAAGGUUAAAGGAGAUUCUUGACACUUAGUUGAUACCUGAUUUAGUCUGAUCGAUUCCUUUAAAAUACUCCAAUUCCGCCGCUGUCGGCAUGGAGGCUCCAGUGAUUCAAAUAGACACCACGUUGGGAAGCUUCACGGUUGAGCUUUACUAUAAGCAUGCUCCUAGGACAUGUAAAAAUUUCGAGGAGUUGAGCAAGAGGGGCUACUAUGAUGGAACCAUUUUUCAUCGCAUCAUCCGGGAUUUCAUGUGCCAAGGUGGAGAUCCAACUGGGACAGGGCGAGGUGGCGAGUCUAUAUAUGGCGGGAAGUUUGAUGACGAGAUAACGCGCGAGUUGAAGCACACGGGAGCCGGCAUCUUGUCGAUGGCGAACGCAGGCCCAAACACAAAUGGGAGUCAGUUCUUCAUCACGUUGGCCCCAACGCCUUGGCUGGACGGGAAGCACACUAUCUUCGGCCGCGUCGCGACGGGCAUGGGCAUUAUCAAACGCCUGGGGAACUUACAAACGGACAAUAUGGACCGCCCUAUAACCGAGGUCAAGAUUGUUCGCGCCCGGCCAGUCUGAUGGCCACGCAGGUUGAUGAUGAUGUCCUCAAGGUGACUCCCUCGUUGACUGCCAGCUCAGGUGGUCGGGGCAUUAUUAUAAGACCAUGUUGAGACCCGGUUUCUGAUUCCUUGACCGUGUGGCCUAGGCCAGGAUUCCUGAGUUCGGCCGUAGAUGCAUGGGAAUUGUGAGGCUAUCGCCUGUGGGGCUGUCUUUGGAUGGUCACUCUUGGACGAAAACUUCUUUACCUUUGAUUUCUUUGGGUGCACGGUGGGAAUAUUGGGCCACUGCGACCGUUUUCGCAGGGCUGAAGUAGGAAACGGCUUGGAGGUGCUUCAGAUGGUUCAUUUUGCAGGAGCGAGCACGUCGAACCUUAAAAAUUAUUUUGCGG